AUGGAUGCCCUCGCCUCGACGGCCACCAGCUUCCCGACUACCCACGAGCCCAUUGAGGAGAUCCGCAACACUCCCUACUUCAUCGACAACAAGUUCGUGCAGUCCUCCACGGACAAGUACUUCGAUCUGGCCGACCCGGCCACCAACAACCUCGUCACGCGUGUGCCGCAGAUGACCGAGGCCGAGAUGAAGGCCGUCGUGGAGUCUUCGCAGAAGGCUUUCCUCGCCUGGAGGGACACCACCGUGCUGUUCCGCCAGCAGAUCCUGUUCCGCUACGUGCAGCUGAUCAAGGACAACUGGGACAGACUGGCCGCCAGCAUCACGCUCGAGCAGGGCAAGACCUUUGCCGAUGCCAAGGGUGAUGUGCUGCGUGGUCUGCAGGUUGCCGAGGCUGCCGUUGGCGGACCGGAGCUGCUCAAGGGCGAGGUUCUGGAGGUUGCCAAGGACAUGGAGACGAGAAGCUACCGUGAGCCAUUGGGCGUCACUGCUGCCAUCUGCCCUUUCAACUUCCCUGCCAUGAUUCCUCUCUGGUCUAUCCCCAUUGCCACCAUCACUGGUAACACCAUCAUCAUCAAGCCCUCAGAGCGUGACCCUGGUGCUGCCAUGAUCCUCGUCGAGCUGGCCGAGAAGGCUGGAUUCCCUCCCGGAGUUGUCAGCGUCAUCCACGGCGCUCACGACACUGUCAACUUCAUCCUUGACGAGCCCUCCAUCAAGGCUGUCAGCUUUGUUGGUGGCAACAAGGCUGGUGAGUACAUUUACUCGCGAGCUUCUGCCAACGGCAAGCGUGUCCAGGCCAAUCUGGGAGCCAAGAACCACGCUGCUGUGCUCCCCGACUGCAACAAGAACCACUUCCUCAACGCCGUUACUGGUGCCGCCUUUGGCGCUGCUGGUCAGCGCUGCAUGGCCCUGAGCACACUGGUCAUGGUUGGCGAGACCAAGGAGUGGCUUCCAGAGUUGGCCGAGCGCGCAAAGGCCCUCAAGGUUGACGGUGGCUUCGAGGACGGUGCCGACCUGGGCCCCGUCAUCUCUCCCCAGAGCAAGGAGCGCAUCGAGAGCCUGAUUGCCAGCGCCGAGAAGGAGGGCGCCAAGAUCUUGCUCGAUGGCCGUGGCUUCAAGCCUUCCAAGUACCCCAACGGCAACUUCAUUGCCCCCACCAUCAUCACCGACGUCACCACCGACAUGACAUGCUACAAGCAGGAGAUCUUUGGCCCCGUGCUCGUGUGCUUGAACGUUGACACCCUUGACGAGGCCAUUGAGCUUAUCAACAAGAAUGAGUAUGGUAACGGUGCUGCCAUCUUCACCAAAUCCGGUGCCACCGCCGAGACCUUCCGAAGGAAGAUUGAGCCUGGCCAGAUUGGUAUCAACGUGCCCAUCCCCGUGCCCCUGCCCAUGUUCUCCUUCACCGGCAACAAGAAGUCCAUUGCGGGAGGCGGUGCCAACACAUUCUACGGCCGACCCGGCAUCAACUUCUACACACAGCAGAAGACGGUGACAGCGCUGUGGCAGAGCGCAGAUGCCGUUGCCAACAAGGCUUCGGUGAACAUGCCCACGCUGCAGUAG